AUGAGUGCAACGCCCCCGGAUACGGCGGGCAAUUACUUCGACAUGCUCGUGAACAGCGACCCACGUGUGGCCUUUGACGUGCUGCACAUCGGUGUCUUUUCCACCAUUGAGGAGGAGAUGGGGCGUCAAUCCCUCAGCUCGGCAUCGAGCUUCGGUGCGAUGAGAAGAGCCAAAGCCGUGGGCGAAGGGAAAAACGCUCGUUUUGUGAUACCGACGCACCAACCGGCGCUUGACGAGAGAAUUCCACAGCCGCAGGAUGUGUUGGCUGUGUCUGCCCUUCUUCGCUCCUCUUCUCCAUCUGCAUUACGGGAGGCGUUGGGGCCGGCGGUGCUGCAUGUGGUGCAGAAGUAUCGUCCCCAAGUACUGCGAGAGGAACGACAACAAAGACAGCGACAUGAGGAUAAGAAGCAGGAACAGGAGGAGGUGGUGGAGGAGGAGGAGGACGACGACGACGAAUCUCAUGCACGUGAUGACACCACAUUGGACGUGGCAGAGGCAUGA